GAUAAACAACCUCUCGCGAGAGGACACUUUAGACAAAAAGUGAUGGACGCCGGUGGAAACGGUGGUGGGCUUCCUGUAAACAAUAAACAGAGAGCAAUGCUACCCAACAAGGCUAGGGGCGAAUUUACCCGCAACCCAAGAAAAGAUUCAGAGGGGCUGUCGGAGUCUCCAGACCUUGAGUUCAGAUAUGCUGAUACAGACAAGUGGGCUGCAGAGCUGUCAGAGCUGUAUAGUUAUACCGAAGGGCCAGAGUUUGGUCUCAAUAGGAAAUGCUUCGAGGUUGAAUUCAAAACACAUGUUUCAAAUAAGAAGUGGACCGAGCUUGAUGCUGCUCAACACAGAGCUCACGCCAUGCGCCUGUUGGACGGUCUGGAGGUUAUUGCCCGCGAGAGGCGGCUGAAGGCUGCCAGAGCCAUUCUCUACAUGGCUCAGGGAACCUUUGCUGAGUGCAGCUCUGAGGCUGAGGUGCAGUACUGGAUGAGAUACAACAUCUUUCUGCUGCUGGACGUGGGAACCCUCUCUGCCCUGGUGGAGCUGCUCAACAUGGAAAUUGAUAAUAGUGCUGCCUGCAGUAGUGCUGUCCGGAAACCAGCCAUCUCCCUUGCUGACAGCACAGAUCUGAGAGUGCUGCUCAACAUUAUGUACCUGAUGGUGGAAACAAUACAGCAGGAUGACCCUGCCGACAAGCCUGAAUGGAAUAGCAUCAGGGAAACCUUCAGAGCAGAGCUGGGCUCCCCCCUGUUCAACAACGAGCCCAUUUCCGUCAUGCUCUUCGGCAUGGUUACCAAGUUCUGCAGUGGUCACGCGCCUCACUUCCCAAUGAAGAAGGUGUUGUUGCUGUUGUGGAAAAGCAUACUGUUCACGCUCGGAGGGUUUGAGCAGCUUCUAAGCAUAAAGGUGCACAGGCGCGGGGAGCUGGGUCUCCCCCCUCUCCCAGAGGACAGCAUUCGAGUCAUUCGCAGCAUGAGGGCUGCUUCUCCUCCUGCAUCUGCAUCCGACCUCAUAGAUCAGCAGCAAAAGCGGGCGCGCCGCGAACACAAGGGGUUGAUUAAACAGGACAAUCUUGACGCGUUCAACGAAAAGGAUCCUUACAAGGCGGACGACUCUCGUGAGGACGAGGACGACAACGAUGACAACGACAACUCCAUAGAGCCAGAGACGUUCCCUCUUGAGAGGGACGAGGUGAUGCCUCCGCCGAUUCCGCACCCUCCAUCAGAGAGGGUGUCCUUCCCCAAAGGGCUGCCAUGGGCUCCUAAAGUCCGGGAAAAGGACAUUGAAAAUUUCCUGGAAUCAAGUAGAAGUAAAUUUAUUGGUUACACACUUGGAAAUGAUACGGACACAGUUGUUGGCUUGCCGAGACCAAUUCAUGAGAGUAUAAAGACAUUAAAGCAGCACAAAUACGUCUCCAUUGCUGAGAUACAGAUUUCAAAGGAGGAGGAGUUUCAGAAAACCCCUCUAUCUGGAGGUGAAGAGGAGGUGGAGAUGUCCUCCACUGAGCUGCUCUAUCAGGGAAUCCUACCGAGUUUGCCUCAAUACAUGAUCGCUCUGCUUAAGAUCCUGCUGGCAGCAGCUCCGACUUCUAAAGCCAAGACGGACUCCAUCAACAUCCUGGCAGACGUGCUCCCGGAGGAGAUGCCGACUACGGUGUUGCAAAGCAUGAAGCUCGGUGUCGAUGUUAAUCGACACAAAGAGAUCAUUGUGAAGGCCAUCUCCGCCAUCCUGCUGCUGCUUCUCAAGCACUUCAAGCUCAACCACAUCUACCAGUUUGAGUACAUGGCUCAACAUCUGGUGUUUGCCAACUGCAUUCCUCUCAUUCUGAAGUUCUUCAACCAGAACAUCAUGUCUUACAUCACAGCUAAAAACGGUAUUUCUGUUAUUGACUUUCCCUAUUGUGUGGUGCACGAGCUCCCGGAGUUAACAGCAGAGAGUUUGGAAGCAGGGGACAAUAAUCAGUUUUGCUGGAGAAAUUUGUUCUCCUGCAUCAACCUGCUGAGGAUCCUCAACAAACUGACCAAGUGGAAGCACUCCAGAACAAUGAUGUUGGUGGUGUUUAAGUCCGCUCCCAUCCUGAAGAGGGCGCUGAAGGUCAAGCAGGCCAUGAUGCAGCUCUACGUCCUCAAGCUGCUCAAAGUUCAGACCAAAUACCUGGGGCGUCAGUGGAGGAAGAGCAACAUGAAGACCAUGUCAGCCAUCUACCAGAAGGUCCGUCAUCGGCUUAACGACGACUGGGCCUACGGGAACGAUCUGGACGCCCGACCCUGGGAUUUCCAGGCCGAGGAGUGUGCUCUGCGGGCCAACAUCGAGCGCUUCAACAGUCGCCGCUAUGACAAGAGCCACAUCAACCCGGACUUCCUGCCCGUGGACAACUGUCUGCAGAGUGUACUGGGGCAGCGCGUGGACCUGCCCGAGGACUUCCAGAUGAACUAUGACCUGUGGCUGGAGCGGGAGGUCUUCUCCAAACCCAUCUCCUGGGAGGAGCUGCUGCAGUGAGAAUCCAGGACUUUUAGGAAAAGUUUCAAUCAGGAGUUCAGACGCACGCCAUCGGUGCUCUCAGCAUUACGUCUCGUGCUCUGCUACAGGGUGACGGACGGAUGUCCUUCUCUAAAGCGGAAGGUUUAGGCCUACAACAAUCGCAAAAAACGAUUGAGGUUUUUCCCAACCGUACCAACAUUAUUUUAUUAAAAUGAAGCUGCUGAUGAUGAAUCCAGAGCUAAAUCUUGCUCCACAUUUAGACUUAAACCCGACUCCUACCUUUACACGUACAGGUACUGCCUGUGUGUGCCUCUAACCGGCUAUAAAAGGUCUGUAAGUUUGACCUUGAAACACUACAUGACAAAUUGUUCUUCUUUUUAUAGAGAUUUAUUUGAAAUACAUGUAAUUGUUAGACUGUACCUCUUUGCUGAGGCAGUUCAGUAAAGAUGUUAAUAAAUAUAACAUUCCCUUGAACAUCUAUUGACUUUAUCUUCAGAUAUUUGAAAACAUACCAGGUUUGGGCGUUUAAUCUUAACAGCCUUUUGUACAUUUAUUAAAAUAUAUUACACUUUACCAGUUAUAGAGAGAAGAAACACAUUUUGGUUUCAUCUGCUUUCCCUUUCGUUGGUUCGCUACAUUUGCAAAUGAUUUAAAUUUAAUUUGCAUAGUUCUGGUUUUGUCCUCUGAGAGUUGGCCUGGAGGAAAGACUUUCACUCCAAUACAGCCACGAUUUCACUCUUUAGUAUCUUCAUUAGCUGUUGUGUGGAAGACCUGUUUGCACAUGUUAACAUGAGGUGAUUGUGUGGGAGGAAAGAGGAACUUUUAGGUUUCUGAUUUGGGAUCAGGGGUUUUUAGGCUUCACUCAUCAGACGGCUGCUGUGAACCGAACGGCAUCGUUACAUUUCCAGGUACAGAACCCCUCUGCUCUGUGUUUUUUUUUUUUAAAUGGUUAAUUAAAUGAGAAUACAUGUACAUUGUGAGACAUAUUCAUCAUGACUUUGUCUUUGUUUUCCAUAGACUUAAGUAUUGUAAUAAAACUAUACUGUAA